CAGUCAAAUCCUCUGUCACCUGACUAAGGGACGCGGAAGUUUUGAUCUGUCAGACCCGUGCAGCUUCUUCAGUCUGUAAUGCGAGGAAAGAAAAUCGUCUUGUUUUAACGUUUAGAGCUCGCCUCUCUAAAUGGGCAGGAUGACUCAGAAGCACCACCUGGAGGGCCAGGUCUAUUCUGUGCCACUGAUCCAGCAGGACCUGAGGAGGGAAGAGGCUGUGCACCAGAUCACUGAUGCCCUGCAGUACCUGGAAAUGAUCUCCACAGAUAUCUUCAGCAGGGUGUCUCAGAGUGUGGAGAGGAACCGUGCUCACCUUCAGGCCGUCACUGACCGCAUUAAACUGGCUCAAGCUCGAGUCCACAAGAUUAAAGGAAGCAAGAAAGCCACCAAGGUUUUUUCCAGUGCUAAAUACCCUGCUCCUGAGAAACUGCAGGAUUAUUCUUCCAUAUUCGUGGGUGCUGGAGAUCCAGUGUCUCAGAAACGACCUCGUUACAAAAUACAGAGCAAGCUCCGCCCCCUGGAUGACAAGGCCUUACAGGAGAAGUUGAUGUAUAUUCCAGUAUGUGUGAACACUAAGAAGCGCUCAGAGGAUGAGAACGAGGAGGGGCUGGGGAGUCUGCCACGAAACAUCAGCUCCGUCAGCUCUUUGCUGCUCUUUAACACCACAGAGAACCUGUAUAAGAAGUACGUGUUCCUGGAUCCUCUGGCAGGAGUCGUCACUAAAACUCACAACACACUAGAGACAGAGAAGGAUGAAAAGCCGUUUGAUGCACCGCUAUCCAUCACUAAACGAGAGCAACUAGAGAGACAGACUGCAGAGAAUUAUUUCUAUGUGCCAGAUCUGGGGCAAGUGCCUGAAAUCGACGUGCCCUCUUAUCUGCCCGACCUGCCUGGCAUCGCAGAUGACCUCAUGUACAGCGCUGACCUCGGCCCAGGCUUCGCCCCUUCUGGGGCAGUCAGUGCGAACAUGCCAGAACUGCCCUCUUUCGGCACAGAACAUGAAGGCGCUCAGUUCCGAUCAGAGGCUCCUCCUCCACCUCCACCUCCACCUCCUCCACCGCCUCCUCCUGAGGCUCCCCAGGUUAUAGCUCCUCCCCCUGGAGCUCCUCCAGCCCCGCCUCCUCCUCCUCCACCACCUCCUGCUGUUCCAGAUGAUGCAGGUGGUGGAGGUGUAUCCGGUCAAGCCCCACCCACAGGCACUGUAAAAGGUGCCCCUACAGAGGUUCUCCAGCCGUCGGAUGGGCGAGCCAGCUUACUUGAGUCUAUUCGUAACGCUGGUGGCAUCGGAAAAGCCAAACUUCGCAACGUUAAAGAAAGAAAGAUGGAGAAGAAGAAACAGAAGGAGCAAGAGCAAGUUGGAGCAGCAGCCAGCGGAGGAGAUUUCAUGUCCGAUCUCUUUAAUAAAUUGGCCAUGCGGAGGAAAGGUAUCUCGGGUAAAGUCCCAGGAGGCGCAGACUCCACAGAACCGCCUGGCAGCUCCGGCAGCGCUUUCGCCAGAAUGUCAGAUGUGAUCCCGCCCCUUCCUGCUCCUCAACAGCCAGCCGCGGAGGACGACGACGACUGGGAGGCGUAACCAAUACAGACCACUUCUGAAUGACUCUUAAUAAACUGACAAAGGUUCUGAAACUGCGGCAACACAACAAACGUGACUUCAGAAUCAUGUAUGUCACGUUGAAAAGGUUCACUGCUUUCUAUGUCCACUAACCUGUGAUCAUUUACUAACAAUACAUGUGUGUUAAAAAGAGCUAGAUGAUGUAAUGAAUACCGGUCUAUAGGUAAUCACAUCCGUUGCACAAUCAAUCAAAUGAUCGGGAUUGUUUUGCCAUGCAUAUGCCAUGUGUGGCAGAUUUAUUAAAAUUGAAUAUUCAUGAGGUCAGUUCUCCUGUAACAGACAUCUGCGUCUGUUGUUAAUGACGAUAAAAUGUCAGCAGGCCACAAUUCCUCACUUGGUUGUAUUGUAAUAAUAAUAAUACAUUUUAUUUAUAGGCCUAGAGAGGAGGCUGUUUGAUUUUUCUCUAAACAAAGCAUCAGUGAGGGGUCGCAUACCUGAUGUGCUGCAUUCUAACUGUGUUUGAAAAGGAUAAUAAUCAUAAACUCAUUCAUGACACUUAACUAGCUGACUGUACGUCAUUGUAUUACGUUAGCUUCUACUUUUCAGCUUGGUCAGAUUCCAGGCAAACAAAACAUACACCGAUCAGGCAUAACAUUAUGAACAGUGCCAGGUUAGGUGAACAAGACUGAUGAUCUCCUCAUCAUGGCACCUGUUAGUGGCUGGGAUAUAUUUUGUCCUCAAAGUUGAUGUGUUAGAAGCAGAAAAAAUGGGCAAGUGUAAGGAGUUUGACGAAGGGACAAAUUGUGAUGGCUAGACGACCGGAUCAGAGCAUCUCCAAAACUGCAGCUCUUGUGAGGUGUUCCUAGUCAGUAUCUAUCAAAAGUAUCCAUUACGUCCUGUAAGUAUCCUUUAAAUCCACAACUUACAGGCCUUAAAGUAUCUGCUGCAAACAUCUUGGUGCCAGACACCACAGCACACCUUCAGGGAUCUAGUGGAGUCCAUGCCUCGACAGGUCAGGGCUGUUUUAGCAGCAAAAGGUGGACAAACACAAUAGUAGGUCAUAAUUUUAUGCCUGAUUGGUGUAAGACUGGGCAUAAACCUGAGGUCUGACUUGCCCGGUGGUGUAGUCAUGAUUUCUCCAUCCCUGUAUAUGAAAUAUUUAUAACUAUAGGAAGUAAACUAUAGGAAGAAAUCUUAUCCAGAAUAAAAUCUGAGCAUCUGAAGAGUAAUUUGUGUAAUUACAUUCUUUACGCACUGAUUAUUUCCGACCAUCUGCUGGGAAAACACAUGGCUCAGGCAUAUUGUGUUCAGCAAACCUUAAAUGAAGUUGUGCAUUUCUGAAACCAUCUGAUAGGAAAAAAAAAAGUGAAUAAAUGUAUCAUGUACGAAUUUGUGAUAUGGAUUUUAUUCACAUUAAACAGUCU